AAAAAAAGCCAGGCGUUGUGGCGGGCACCUGUAGUCCCAGUUACACAGGAGGCUGAGGCAAGAGAAUUGCCUAAGCCCAAGAGCUGGAGGUUGCUGUGAGCUGUGUGACACCACAGCACUCUACCAAGGGCGAUAAAGUGAGACUCCGUCUCUACAAAACAACAAACAAACAAAUAAAUUCCAAUCUGGCUGGGCAUGGUGGCUCACUCUGGGAGGCUGAUGGGAAUUGCUUGAGUUCAGGAGUUCGAGACCCCGUCUCUACCAAAAAUAGAAAAGCUGAGGCAAGAGGAUUGCUUGAGCCCAAGAGUUGGAGGUUGCUGUGAGCUAUGAUGCCACAGCACUAUACUUGGGGUGACAGCUUGAGACUCCAUGUCUCAAAAAUAAAUAAAUAGAUAAAUAAAUAAAUAAAUGCAUUCAGAUCUGUAGCAGCCAAUAGACUUCAACAAGAUUUGUAAGCUCUGUUCCGGGAAAUGAACACCUCUUUUCCUAACCCCUUACAUCACAAUCCGGCUGGGGUUCGGGCACAGAGCUCUUGCUAUGGAGGUUCUUAGGAUUUCACCUCGGCCCCUGGGGCUGCGGGAGCGCCCCUCGUGGCGCGCGCGCGCGUCCACGCGUCGGAAGCGCCUUCUCCCCUCGUGCCUCGGUUCAAACGACCAGGUGGGUCGAGAGCGGAAGGGAGGGAGCGAAGGUAGGAGUCCGGCCUGGCUCUCUGGCCUCCCUCCCACCCCCAAGCCGCCCAGCCCCAUGGUCCCCGCCGCCGGCGCGCUGCUCUGGGCCCUGCUGCUGAGUCUGGGGCUGUGGGCGGCGGGGGCCCACGGGCAGACUCAGAGUCCAACCGAGAUACAGCGGGUCACUUUCCGCUUUGGGGGCCCCCUGACCCGCACCUACAAGAGCACCAUCGUCGGGACACGUCUUCCCCGGAGGACAAGGAUAACUCUGGAGGAUGAGAAUGACGCCCUGGCCAACGCCGACCGCCUGGCAGGCCCAGCCGCUGCUGAGCUCUUGGCCUCCACGUUGUCUACAGGCGACAGACGGUCUGGAUUGACCCGGGAGGAUGGGUCUUUGGAAGAGGGGGUUGUGAUUAGUGCCAGAAAGUAUGACAAUGCCCUAGAGGCUCUCACUGCCAGUCCCCAGACAGCGGGGGGUUCCAGCACGACAUUUAUAGCCAAUAGCCAGGAGCCUGAAAUUAGGAUGACUUCAAGACUGCGUCCCCUUACCUCGAGGUCUAGUGAGGACCCAGUGAGCUCAGAGCCCACCCUGAGCAAGUGGACGACAGCCGGGGCCACCCCAAGUCGGUGGCCAUCACCCUCUCCCACAGCCAUGCCACCUCCCGAGGAUCUGCAUCUGGUGUUGAUGCCCUGGGGCCCGUGGCACUGUCACUGCAAGUCAGGCACUAUGAGCCGGACUAGGGCUGGGAAGCUGGAAGGCCUUUCUGGGCGCCUUCGAGUUGGGGCGCUGAGCCAACUCCGGACAGAGCAUAGACCUUGCACCUACCAUCAAUGUCCCUGCAACCGACAACUGGAGGAGUGUCCCCUGGACGCAGAUCUCUGUGCUGAUGGCAACUGUGCCUCUCGGACCACCGCUUCUAACACUUUCUCCAGCAUCCACCUUAGACGCAGACCCAGCCGACCACCCCCCAGCCCCAGCCCUAGCCCUGCACUGGCUUUUUGGAAAAGGGUCAGGAUUGGCCUGGAGGAUAUUUGGAAUAGCCUCUCUUCAGUGUUCGCAGAGAUGCAACCAAUAGACAGAAACCGGAGGUAAUGGCCACUUCAUCCACAAGAGGAGGUGUCAGCAUCUCAACCUCUCUUACCCUUUCAAUUCCAGCACUCACUAGAUAUUUUUAGUACAGAAAAACAAAACUGGAAAAUACA